AUGCCAUCAUCCUGGAAAGAGAAAGCGCUUAACAAGCGGAGCAUACGCGAUGGGCAGAUACGUGGGGUGCUUGACAGGCUGCAGGGCGGUGGGCACGAAGACAGCCUCGAUACCGCCAUCCGUUCGCUUACCGCCACGGCUCUUGCUGGCAGAAUAGCAGCCAAGGAAUACACAGCCACGCGUGUCCUCGAAGCCUACAUUCGCGGCAGUGUUGCGGCGCAUGAGCGCACAAAUUGUCUCACUGAGGUCCUCUACGAACGCGCCCUCGAAACGGCUACCCAACUCGACGAGCACUUGGCCCGCACCGGCGCCACUGUCGGCCCGCUUCACGGUGUGCCCAUCAGCGUGAAGGACGUUGUCCAGGUGAAAGACGUCGACUCUACAUUAGGCUUUACAAACUGGAUCGGCAACCGAGCCGCGGACGACGCAGCUAUCGUCAAGAUACUCGUUCAUGCCGGUGCGGUCCCCCUCGUCAAAACCAACAUACCGCAGACGAUGCUCUCGUUCGAAUGCUCCAACCCUCUCUGGGGAAGGACUGUGCAUCCGCACAACAGCGCAUACACCAGCGGAGGCAGCUCUGGCGGCGAGGCGGCACUUCUCGCCUGUCACGGGUCUGCUGCUGGUAUAGGUACUGAUAUCGGAGGCUCCUUGCGCAUCCCCACCGGCUAUUGCGGCCUUUACUCGAUAAAGCCGGGCUGCGGUAGAUGGCCUUACAGCGGCAUGCAGCCAUUGGUAGCAGGAUUCGAAGGAAUAAAGGCGGGGCUGGGCCCAAUGGCGCGGAGUGUGGUAGAUUUAGAGCUGAUAGCUCGCGCCGUGCUCGACUCACCCAUCAAGUUGAAUGUCUCAGAAGGGUCACUCGCGCCUGUGCCGUAUCGCCCCAUAAACCUUCCCCAAAAGCUGCGUUUCGGGUACUACGCCGACAGCAACUUUGUCCGCUCAUCGCCGGCUAUGCGUAGAGGAGUGUUCGAGACAAUCGACAAGAUGCGCGAAGCGGGUCACGAAUGCAUCGAUGUUGGCCCAGUUGAUGCUGAGUCAGCGCUAGAGAUAUUCGUCGCUCUCUCGGCAGCUGAUGGUUUCAACACCCUUAUGGAACCACUUGGCGAUGAUCCGCGCGAACCUGCCCUCUUCCUCGUCGGACUGGGUGCUAGUCUACCCUGGCCUGUGCGCAAGAUGGCAGGGUGGCUCUUAGAGACAUUUACGCCUAAUAGCGGGUUCGCACGCGCUUUGAGACAGUCGGGUGCCAAGACCGUGCACGACUACUGGGCGUGGACGGCGAAACGCGACGAUUUCGCCAGUCAGUUCAGAAAGGAGGUCUUUCACAAACAUAACCUAGACGGCCUCAUCGCACCCCUGCAAGCAUUACCGAAUGUACCGCACACUCUCACCAAGUACCUCAACCUGAUCGCGGCAGAUACUGUGCUAUACAAUGUUACCGAUAGCACCGUGGGGAUAGUACCUGUGGGCAAGGUAGAUAAGGAGAGGGAUCAGCUUCCUGCAGCUUACGCACCCGGUAAGGGAUGCAGAGCGCAGUUGCUGGAGGAUCGGAUGUAUGGAGGGAAGGAGCCGGUGUACAAUGCAGACAAAAUGGAUGGACUGCCUCUGGCUGUGCAGAUAGUCACGGAAAAGGCAUUUGAGGAUGAAAAGCAGGGGGAGGAGUAUAGCCAGCUUCUACUGGACAGCGAGAGAGACGCAGUAGCAGAAUUACUGGCAUAUCUUGAGAACAGAGAUAAUGUGCCUUGGUUCGAUGAGCAGGAUGAGGAUUCGACGGGAUCGCCGCUGGGAGCAUUGACGACGCUGGCGUAUUCAUCAAACGUUGACUUACAACGCUCCGCCGCUCUCGCUUUCGCUGAAAUUACGGAAAAGGAGGUUAGACAAGUCGGAAGGGAUACGCUGGAGCCUCUAUUAUACCUCCUAGCCAAUCACGAUACAGAAGUACAAAGAGCUUCCUCAGCUGCUUUAGGUAAUUUGGCUGUGAAUACAGACAAUAAGCUGCUCAUAGUUAGGUUAGGCGGGAUCGAACCUCUCAUCCGCCAAAUGCUCAGCCCAAACGUUGAAGUUCAAUGUAAUGCUGUUGGCUGCGUUACAAACCUAGCCACACACGACGAAAAUAAGACUAAGAUUGCGAAAUCUGGUGCACUCGUUCCUCUCACUAGACUGGCUAGAUCUAAAGAUAUGCGUGUUCAGCGGAAUGCUACAGGCGCUUUACUCAACAUGACACAUUCAGACGAAAAUCGUCAGCAACUAGUCAAUGCUGGUGCUAUACCCGUGCUUGUGUCCUUAUUGGCCUCUCCAGAUACUGAUGUUCAAUACUAUUGUACUACAGCUUUAUCAAAUAUCGCUGUAGACGUUAAUAAUAGGAAACGCUUAUCUCAAAACGAGCCAAAGCUGGUUAAUUCACUCGUAGCACUAAUGGAAUCACCUUCGCUUAAAGUUCAAUGUCAAUCAGCACUUGCAUUGAGAAAUUUGGCAUCUGAUGAGAAAUAUCAAGUUGAAAUAGUGCGUAAUGGAGGGUUACCACCGCUAUUACGUCUAUUAAGAUCUUCAUUCCUCCCACUCAUACUGAGUGCAGCAGCAUGCGUUAGAAACGUAUCAAUACAUCCAGCAAAUGAAGCACCAAUAAUUGAUGGAGGGUUUUUACAGCCAUUAAUAGAUUUACUUGGAUUUGGAGAGAAUGAGGAGGUACAAUGUCACGCUAUUAGUACUUUGCGCAAUCUAGCAGCAUCAAGUGAGCGAAACAAAGGAGCGAUAGUAAGAGCGGGAGCGGCAAGAAGAGUGAGAGAUUUAGUUAGGGAAGCACCAAUGGCAGUACAGUCAGAAAUGACAGCAUGCGCGGCAGUCUUAGCGCUGAGUGAUGAUCUCAAGAGCACACUGCUUGAUAUGGGCAUGUGUGAAUGCCUUAUACCAUUAACAGGCUCACAGAGUGUGGAAGUGCAAGGAAAUUCAGCAGCAGCACUUGGAAAUCUAUCAAGCAAGGCGGAAGACUAUACGAUAUUCAACGAAGUAUGGAUGAAGCCAGAAGGAGGAUUACAUGGGUACUUGGUGAGAUUCUUGGGUAGUCCAGAUAACACAUUCCAGCAUAUAGCCGUGUGGACGUUGGUGCAAUUGUUGGAGAGUGGGGAUACAGAGUUACUGGAGAAUAUCAAGCAAUCAGCGCUGAUUCUCCCAUUAAUCAAAAGACUCUCGACGGAAGACACAUCCCAGGACAACGAAUCGAGCUACAGCUACGACAACGAGAUGGAGGGUGAAGGGGAAAUAAAAGCGCUUUCAAGGAGAAUAAUAGAGAUAAUCUCAUAA